AUGCCCUGGACCAGACCCCAGGUAGACCUUCAUGCUGGUGGAGCAGAGGCCAUGGACCAGUACAACAUAGAAGACCACCACUAUGAGGGCUCCCUGUUCCCCACCUCCACCCUCAUCCCUGUCACUGUCAUCUGCAUCCUCAUUUUCGUCAUUGGGGUAACAGGCAACACCAUGACCAUCCUCAUCAUCCAGCACUUCAAGGACAUGAAGACCACCACCAACCUCUAUCUGUCCAGCAUGGCGGUGUCUGACCUCAUCAUCUUCCUCUGCCUGCCCUUUGACCUCUACCGCCUGUGGAAGUACGUGCCCUGGCUUUUUGGAGAGGCGGUGUGCCGCUUCUAUCACUACAUCUUUGAGGGCUGCACCUCGGCCACCAUUCUUCACAUCACGGCCCUGAGCAUUGAACGCUACCUGGCCAUCAGCUUCCCCCUCAGGAGCAAGGUGCUGGUGACCAGACGCAGGGUCCAGUACAUCAUCCUCGCCCUGUGGGGUUUUGCCCUGGUUUCUGCAGCUCCCACAAUCUUCCUGGUUGGGGUGGAGUACGACAAUGAGACACACCCGGACUACAACACUGGGCAGUGUAAGCACACCAGCUACGCCAUCAGCUCUGGGCAGCUGCACAUCAUGCUCUGGGUGUCCACCACCUACUUUUUCUGCCCGAUGCUCUGCCUUAUCUUCCUCUACGGCUCCAUCGGGUGCAAGUUGUGGAAAAGCAAAAAUGACCUGCAAGGCCCCUGUGCUUUGGCCCGAGAAAGGUCACACAGGCAAACAGUCAAGAUCCUGGUGGUGGUGGUGCUGGCCUUCAUCAUCUGCUGGCUGCCCUACCACAUCGGCAGGAACCUCUUUGCUCAGGUGGACGACUACGACACAGCCAUGCUGAGCCAGAACUUCAACAUGGCCUCCAUGGUGCUCUGCUACCUCAGCGCUUCCAUCAACCCUGUCGUCUACAACCUCAUGUCACGGAAGUACAGGGCUGCAGCCAAACGCCUCUUCCUGCUGCACCAGAGGCAAAGACAAGCCCACCUCGGCCAGAGACAGCUCUGUGUGAUCGACCACAUCUCCACCCUGAAUGAAAGCCUGACUGGGGUCUGA